AAUUCUUAGUUAUGUUUACAUAUGCUCGUGUAUAAGACGAUUGUAAAAUUAUUCUCUGAUUAAGAGGUUAUCAUUACUAAUCGACUUCAAUAUUAAAGUAUUUAUGUGAAGCGUAGAAGAACAGUUUUACAUUUAUACAUUACAUAUUUUUUUGUACAGUUAUAAAAGUGAAGUGUUAUUUAAAAAAAGAUCCCAACAUGAAGAAUUCAAUUUUAUUCGUUAUAUCUGCGCUAGUGGUUAGUUGCUUCGCCCAAAGAUCACCUUACGCUGGUCGAUUUCCUAUUGGUUAUCCAUCAUUAGAUUCCACCACUACCACUACCACCACUGAUGGUGGUUUGGAUAACAGAUUCGGUGAAGAUGUGACGACAACAACGACAGAGCGAUUACCAAUCGAAGCCAACGGCGAUAGAGACUUAGUAAAUCGAUUGAAAAAACUACCCAUCGAUAAACAGCCAUUCUGGCUGAUUAAUUGGCUUCAGUUGGAAGAAAUGAGGAGAAACCCACAAACUUACCAACAAAAACCGAAUACUUUCGUAGAUUUCAUACCAAGUCAAAACAAUCAGAAUAUUGACAGUCAAUUUUUCUUCUAAAAUUAUUUAUGAAUACGGGAUAAUCAUAUGUUAACUCGAACUUAUUUAUUCAUAUAUAAGCUGUAGGCUUUUUAUGCACGUCUUAUUUUUUAUCACCAUCCCUACCGUCCAGUUCUACUAGUUACUUAAGUUGAGAAGAUCUAGCAAGAAACUCAGCUGAUACAUGUUGUUAUGUCAUUAUUUUAUUUGUCAGUCCCACUUGUUAACACAUUACAGCUUU